CCAGAUGAAUAUUUUUAAACGGAGCAGUAGUUACGGAUAGUAUCUUUAAAUUCAAUAUUAAUUAAUUUGAAUGUAACUAUACCAGCUGCCCCAGCAGGUUUUGCAUUCAGAUAUCCGGACCGAUAAGCCUCUGGAUCCCUGGUCCAGUAAAAAAAUAUGAAAUGUCACCGUCCCCUUUGGGGUAUAUCUUAAGUAGAAAAUACUGCAUCCAAAAUAAUUGUUUUCAUUUUUCCGACAGUUUAAUUUUACCACUCCAGCAGUUUAAUUGCAGUAUAAUGCAACUGCGCAUCUUUAUUCAGUAGAAGUUAACCCAUUUCGCAAUGAGUUUUGGUUAAGAUAGUGUAACUUCGUGUGCACGUCUUUUUUUUUCUCUGUGCUCUGGUAUGUUUCACGGAGCUUCCCUUUACAGAUAGUUGAACUGUCGGCUCGUUUCACAUCAGUAGCCUACAUCGACCCAGUGCCAACACCACUGCGGCACAGUUUGGGAUUACCAUGGGCAGGCACACGGCUCUUGGCGACAUCAUUUUGAUUGCUCUUCUCGCUACUCCGUGCCUCACAAACCGAAAACUACUCGUUUUCCUGAUUGAUGGAUUUCGCUAUGAUUACAUCGGUGAAAAGGAGCUGGACAAUUUACCGGGGUUCCGGGAGAUCAUUGAAAUGGGCGUCAAAGCUCAGUACUUAACUCCAGACUUUCCCAGCAAUUCAUAUCCUAAUUAUUACUCCCUGAUGACUGGACAUCAUUGUGAUGUGCACCAGAUGGUUGGAAAUUUUAUGUGGGAUGAGAAAACGAACAAGUCCUUCCUGAUUGGUGAGAAUGAAGACAGUAGACUGCCUAUGUGGUGGAAUGCAUCAGAACCAAUCUGGGUUACCAUGAUGAAGAAUAAGAGAAAUGUUUACAUGUAUUACUGGCCAGGUUGUGAGGUUGAGAUUCGGAAUGUGAAGCCAACAUACUGCCGGGAAUACCACUACGACCUAUCCGACAGCAACUUUGAGGCUGCCGUUUCAGAUGCUAUUGAUGUGCUGAGACAGGGGAAAGCAGAUAUGGCUGCAGUGUACUAUGAGCGCAACGAUGUUGAAGGUCACCAUUUUGGCCCGUGGUCGAAGCAGAGGAUUGAAGCCACCAAAGCAUUGGACGAGACUUUAAGAAAAAUGAACAUGAAAAUUAAGGAGGUGGGACUCCAAAAUGACUUGAACGUUAUUCUGUUUUCGGAUCAUGGAAUGACAGACAUUUUCUGGAUGGAGCAGGUUAUCGAACUUGAUAGACAUAUAGACAUGACAGAUAUAUUGGUCAUAAUGGAUCGAGGAUCUGUGGUGAGCAUAUGGCCUCAAGAAGGAAAACUGAACCAGGUGUACAGCAGCUUGAAAAAAGUAAAGAAAAUGAGCGUGUACAAGAAAAAUGAAAUUCCAGACCGAUAUCAUUAUAAAGGUGGAAAGUUUGUAGCACCACUUACUCUAGUUGCUCAACAAGGAUGGUUUAUUAUUGAGAAUAUACAAAAACUGCCUUAUUGGAGAAACGAAACAGGGAGCAAAAACGGUUGGCAGCAUGGAUGGCAUGGCUAUGACAAUGAGCUGAUGGACAUGAAAGGAUUCUUUCUGGCAUACGGACCAGAUUUCAGAAUGAAUCACAAGGUUCCUCCGAUUAGGGUGGUUGACGUGUAUAAUGUCAUGUGUCACGUUGCUGGAAUGAAGCCAUUGCCAAACAAUGGUUCCUGGCCCCAAGUGGAGUUAAUGCUGAAAAACAAGGACAUUGUGACCUUCAGGGCAGAAGCUAGUAUCACCAUGAUGACAGUAAUGCUCGCCUGGAUCCUUUUCUAAAGUGUUUUAAAGUCCUUUCUAAUUUUUUAAUUUUAAUCAAAAUUUUUGAAUUUUGGCAAGAUUGUUGUAUUUGGUUAUUUUUCCAUUUGCUUCUAACAUUGAAUUAUGUAAUGAAACCUUGCACUUGUGUUUCUUUUAAAUUAUAUUUUUGGGGAAAGAUAUAUUCUAAGACUUUGAAUUUCAACACAACAAUUGCUUAAGUAGCAUUAGUGAAAAUGACUUAAAUGAUAAUUUAUUGCUUACAAGGAGGAAGAUGGCUACCUUCAGGUAAAGGGUUCCCUUUCAAGGUUGAACAUUUGCAUUGUGUUUAUACCCCAAAUACACUUACUGUGAAGGUUACACCUCUCUUGAUAACUGUUCACAUGGAGUGGAUCAUGAUAAUGGUUCAGCUGUAUCUCAGUUGGAUUGCACUCACCUCUAAGACUGCUGGUUCAAGUCCUACUCCAGAGACUUGAGCACAAAGUUUUUAAACCUGCACUUCAGAGCAGGGCUGAGGGAGUGUGUUACCCUUGCUAUCCUUUGGAUGAGACAUUAAACUGAGGCCCUGUCUGCUUUCAAAUAAAAGAUCCCAAAAUAUCCUUUUGAACUGAGGAGUUGUCCCUCAUGUCUUGCACAAUGUUUAGAAUCAGAAUCAGAAUGAUGGAGCUGGCUGAGUCUACAAUGCUUUGCAGCCUCUUGCGAUCCUGUGCAUUGGAGCCUCCAUAACAGGCUUUGAUGCAACCAGUCAGUAUGGUCUCCACUGUACAUCUAUAGAAAUUUGCAAGAGUCUUUGGUGACAUACCAAAUCUCCUCAAACUCCUAACGAAGUAGAGCUGCUGGCAUGCCUUCUUCAUGAUUGCAUCAAUGUGUUGGGCCCAGGAUAGAUCCUCUGAGAUAUUGACGCCCAGGAACUUGAAGCUGCUCACCCUUUCCACCAUUGACCCCUCAAUGAGGACGGGUGUGUGUUCUCCUGAUUUCCCCUUCCUGAGUCCACAAUCAGUUCCUUGGUCUUGCUGAUGUUGAGUGCGACACAUUGUUGUGACACCACUCAACCAGCUGACCUAUCUCACUCCUGUACGCCUCCUUGUCACUAUCUGAGAUUCUGCCAACAAGAGUAGUGUCAUUGGCAAAUUUAUAGAUGGCAUUUGAGCUGUGCCUUGCCACACAGUCAUAAGUGUAGAGACAGUAGAGCAGUGGGCUAAGCAUGCAUCCUUGAAGUGCACCUGUGUUGACUGUCAGUGAGGAGAUGUUGUUACUGAUCUGCACUGACUGUGGUCUCCCAAUAAGGAAGUCAAGGAUCUAGUUGCAGAGGGAGGUACGGAGGCCCAGGUUUUGAAGCUUGUUGAUUAGUACUGAGGGGAUGAUUGUUUUGAAUCAACAUGACAAAAACAUUUUCUACUCAUUAUUGCAGUGUUGUUCUUGGGAACACUACCGACCCAUGUUCCCGACAUUGUGCUAACAGUCCCAAUCCCUGAUCCAGGCCAAACACUGGGCCAACAUUCUACAGCUGCACGCCUUUCUCACAUACCUGACCUCCAGCUCCCAGCCACAUACCCGGACCAUGCUCCUGACUCGUGGCUCCAGCCACAUACAUGGCCCACGCUCCUGACCACACACCUAGCCCACAUUCCUAAUACCUGGCUCAAGCUGCAUGCACAUCUCAUGAUCCUGAUCCCUAGCUCCAGCCACACACUGGGGCCCACGCUCUUGGUCCCUGGCUCCCAGCCUUUGUAUCUGGGCACACACCCAGCCCACGCUCCCCACCCUCGCCUCCGGCUGUGUACCCAGCCCACAUUCCUGAUCCCAAAUACCAGCUGCCCACCAGGUCCACGUUCCCAACCUAUGGCUCCGGCCACACAGCCAGCCCAUGUUCCUGACCACUGGCUUCAGAUGCACACACGGCCCACCUUCCUAACCCCCGGCUUAGCCAAUGCCCAAGGUUAAGUUAGUACACAAGAUUAUGUGAGCUAGCGCUGUGGUGGGAACUGGGAGCUUGUGAGAAAUGAGUAACUUCAGGACCUGGAAUGUCAGGACCCUUGUGGACAAUUCCAACAGAGACAGAUCUAAACACCCUUCUGCUCUCAUAGCACAGGUACUCAGAUGCUUUGGAUUGAUAUCACCAUACUGAGCAAGCAGCUAUGGCCAGAGGGGGCCAGUUUAAAGAAUGAGGUGACAGGCACACCUUAUUCUGGAUGGGCAAACUAGAAAAGGAACGCUGUCUUCACAGAGUAAGUUCACCAAAAAAAAACGAGCUGUCCAUUAUCUCCCUGCAGAGUUAUCAAGUGUUUUAUCCCCUUUCUGCUCACUCGAAAUACAUUGGGUUGGCCAUAUCGUUUGCAUGACCACCAGACUCCUGAAACACACUCUAUUCUGAGCUCUGUUAUUGGAGAAGGUUACCAGGCAGACAGAGAAAAUAAAUUCAAGGAUGUGCUCGAAGUUUCCUUGAAGAAGUGCAACAUCCCGACCAACUGCUGAGAACCUCUGGCCCAAGACCACUCAGUGAGAAGAAGGAGCAUUAGGGAAGUUAAUGAGAAGCUAUCCAGCUGCCUGCUCCUUCAGCCACCUCCUGCUCCAUCUGUGAAAGGCUUUGCUGUUCCCAUAAUGGCCUUAUUACCUCAGAAGCCACAAAACCGAGUGAACGCAAGUCAGCCUCGAUCCUGAGAGACUGCCGAAGAUGGAGAAGAAGUUGUUCACGAGAUCUUCUUGUGCAUAAAUAGGCAGUCAUGUUUCCUAAAUUGCACCACUGCAUUGAAAUUACAUCAUUGGCUCAGCUAACCGAAGGCCAUGAAAGUUGCUAUGUAAAUGCAAAUAUUUCUCCUUUUUGGUGGGGACUCCGGCAGAAUUUUUCCCCAGCAAGCCAGAUCCUUGGCCAGCACAGGGUGACAACCUUGGCCUUUUAUUCUAUUCCAAGUAAGUUGUACGUGAGGAUCAAUUUUGUCUUGAUGAAAGGUGAAAAAUUGCAAGAUACAUCAUCCCAGAGCAUGCACCAGUCACAGGACAGCUUUCAUUGAUGCUGCCUGCCUUGCUGAUGCAAAAUUCCCGACUGUGCUGUAGGUAAGUUUGUUCAUUGUUAAAAAAAGGAUGCUUCAAGAGUGUCUCCAGUGUGUCUGUGGAGAACAAUGAGGCAUGGGGAAAUGUUCCAGAGCCACUGGGAGGUGGAGAGCAAAAUAAUGGAAAAGACACCCAAGGAAAAACAAAACAGAGGGAAACAAAUCAAAGAAAGAGGCCUGUUCCAGGCUGGUUCAACAAUCCGAUGACUAUGAGUGCAGAGAAGCUCAUCGCAGUUACCCUGAUGAAGGGUUGUCAGAGAAACCUGGAAUCUUUCUAAUUUAUGUCCCUUCAAAUGAACCUGUGCAUUAGGAAAGCAACUUCAUCUUAAAGAAGCUGACAGGUGUUUUUGAAAUUGAAUACUCCACUGAAUACUUAAAUUAUCAGACCAUUCAAUAGAAAAUGAACAUCACCCUUCCUGAACAGUGCCUCAUUGAUCUCGGCUCUCCAAAUCAGACCUCGGAAAUUGUAACAACAAUAAAUGGAUUGAAUGCUGCCAAAGCACUGAUUGGUUUCUUGCUGAAUUCUAUAAAGUUUUUCAUUCCAAGCUAAACGUCAUUGUUGUUGGAACAACUCCUCCAUGCGCAAUAACCGAGUGAAGUGGCAAUCGUGUACCUCUGGUCCUCUGGUUCGGCUUCCCAGUCCAGCUCUCAGGAGCUGCACGUUGAGCAUUUUGAGCAUUGUUGCACUUUGGCCUUGAAUGAGAGGUUCCUCAUGCUCUAAAGCAUCUUCUUAUGAGGAGAAAAUUUUCUUGGUCCCAGAGUCUAACCAUAAACCUUGACACUUUGAAACUUAUGUAAAACACACACAGCAUCUAUAUUCAUUUGAUCUGGACAGAGAGGGCAGUUUACUUUUGCCAUUUCCCACAUGGACAAGUGUCAUUGAAUGUUCUGCUUUAGCUCAUCCAAUCAUUCCAGCUGACCAUGAACAAGCCCAGGCUGCCAACAUUCAAAGCUGGCUAUAACUGCAAAAAGCUUGGAUGCUUCUGCUAAGACUGUCAGCUCUUGGGCCUGGAAAUUCCCAACCCAUUCCCUCACUUAUUAACCCUAGAUAACCUGUCCUGUGUAAGCUGCAUAUAAUUACUGUCAUGUUAGUAAUCUGAAAGGAUGCCUAACCCUAGCUGGCCUUCCAGCCUUCUCCCCAGUCUAGUGAAACAAAGAACCUGUGGAAAGAACAUCAACACUGGCAAUCAACUUCUUCACUCUUGUAUUAUCCUGUCCUUCUGAUAAAUUGAAAGCGAACGCUCCUUCCAGGAGCCAGUAACUUAUUGCUAACUUCAGCAAGUUCUGUCCUCUCAACAUCUGUUGGUGCUCAGCCUGCAGACACCUUUGGUGACACAACAGUGGUGCAGCAGGUAGAGCUGCUGCCUCACAGCUCCAGAGACCCAGUUUCAGUUCUGACCUCUGGUGCCGUCUGCAUGGAGCUUGCAUGUUCUCCCUGUUACUGCGUUGGUUUUAAGAUGGUGCAGCAGCACAGCUGCUUCACAAAUUCAGCAAUCCAGGUUCAAUCCUGUGUGGAGUUUGCUGUGGAACGAUUUUUACUAAAUUGGGCAUUGCAGCCGGCCAGUCCCCCACCAGGGAGAGAGUAUGACGUGCUCCCUGUGUCUGCGUGAGUUUCCUCUGGGUGCUCCAGUUUCCUCCCACAUUCAAAGACUUGCAGGUUGAAAGGUUAACUGACCACUGUAAAUGGUCCCAACUAUGUGCAUGAGUGGGUAGAAUUUGGGGGCAGUUGAUGGGAAUGUGGCAAGAAUAAACUGGGAUUAGUAUAGGAUUAGCGUAAAUGGAUGGUCCUCUGAUUCUGAAUGAAUGUGUCCACUCAAACUUACCUACUGACUCAGACUUCAAGUUCCAACCAACCAUCAGGGAUUGACACACAGGCCACACGGACGUUCAUCUGAUCUACUCACCUGUGGUCUCAGACACAAGGAACAUCUGAAAUUUAAAGGCCAGUACAACUGGGGUGUUCCUGUAUUGUGGUGAAACUCUCCUUCUCCCAGCAUACGUGGUGGGACAAGUGCUAAUCAGAACACUUAAUGUAUAGAUUCUCUCUGAAAUUGGGAAGAGUUGCUGAGUAAAGGCAUGAAGGCUCCUACAUCCCCUCUACCACUCUCUCAUCAUGUCCUCUCUGGUCCUGAAUUGUUAAGAAUAUACAAGACUGCUUCAUCAAUGUGAAAUGUGUUUUAUUCUUUUGAUAGAUAAAAAUUAAUUAAAUUAGUGGAAUCUGGAUUGUUAUCAUUACAACUGUCUCUGUUUUACCAAUCAAACUUACAAGAUGCUGGUUUGUAGUGAUUAACUUAUCGAAAAAUGAACUUCUUAAAUUAAAAACAAGUUGCUAGAAAGAAUGGAUAAUUUGUCACAGAAUUUAUCAUAAAACUGUUUCAUUGUUCAAUUUGAAUUAAAUGCAAAUAUUUACACAA